CAUUAAACAUUUAUUUUUAAUCUGGUGUCCGUUAAACCAACCAAAAAUUGCAUAUUAUAGUAUAAAGUUGGUGGCGUUAAUAAAAAGUGUAGGAUGGUAGCUUAAAAGAUAAGAGUGUAGGAGUUCCUAUUUCCUACUCUUUACUCCACACUCCACUCCAUUCUUCAUCUUCCUUCCUAGGUAGUAGCAGUAGUUUGUAAAGGAUGAGGAUGUUGUGUUUAACGUUGUUGCUUCUCGCUAGUGUGGCAAUGGGAGAACAUGCUGAUCAUAAACACUCCCUUAAAGCCACCUCACAUGCGCAGAUCCAAUGCACCAUGUGUUCCUCUUGUCAAAAUCCCUGCAGCCAAGUUCCCCCGCCGCCGCCGCCUUCAUCGCCACCUCCUUCCACCACAAACUGCCCUCCUCCUCCGUCUCCUCCUUCCUCCGGGGGCGGUGGCGGAGGUUCCUACUAUUACUCCCCACCUCCACCCUCUCAGUACACUUACUCCUCACCAUCUCCACCAGCAUCCACCGGCAGUGGAGGUGGAGGUGGAAGUGGAGGAGGAAUCUACUAUUACCCUCCUCCCAGCAACGGAAACUACCCCAGACCACCGCCGCCGAACCCGAUUGUACCGUAUUUUCCGUUCUACUACUACAGCCCACCGGCGCCGGGAUCCGCCGGUCCUGCGCCAUCGAGGGCCUCCUUUCUUCUUUGUGCAAUUACUUUCUCCUCCUUUGCGAUGUUCUUGCUUUGAUCGUAAAUGCAAGAAACAAGAAAAGAAGGGAUAUAGUGGAAAUAACGGCGCAGAUUUGCAGAUCUAGAGAUUCUGAGGGAUGCAAGAAAGAGAGAUGGAAGCGCUGGUGAAUUUCCCGUUCUGCCCUGCACACACCUACAGAAGCCACACAUGUGAACUUGCACGCGCACCCUCUUAUUAUAAUAUAUAUAGGCCUUUUCUCUCUGGAUUUAUCUGCAACUUUUAUGUAUUAAUUAUUACUAGUGAAGUGUUAUUUGAUGAGUAUAAAAUUGAAAUAAAUUAGAGAUAUUGACGUUGUGUAUAA